AUGUUCGAGUUGGAGCCGCAUAAGGUGGCGAGCAUUCUCGUUUGGGCGACCUCUUGCUCUGGGAUGUUCUCAAAUGGUUUCGUCUUUUGCUGGGUGACCAAGAUGCCGUCGAUGCAGAACCCCUUCGGCGGUAUCGCUAAAAACCAAUCUCUGACCGGCUUCCUACACGCUUGCGGAUACUUCUUCUUCUUUGCCCCGAUGCUGUACUUCGACAUCAAGGCCUGGAAGGACCCAAGUGUUUCGAGCUGGUUCGGGCAGCUUGAGAAUACUUUUUAUGAUGCUUGUCUAUAUUGCCAUCUAUUAAUAUCUCUGAAUCGUAUCACGUCGAUCUGGUAUCCAACGUAUUACGACAAGAUUUUCACCGAGUAUCGUGUACACUUUAUGAAUUUGAUGGUGUGGACCUUGGCCGUUGGGCUGAAUUUCUACUUUUUACGGCUGGCGGACUGCCGGAUACUGUAUGGUGAAUAUGUGUGGGGAGUCGUUUUCCUAAACACCGAGUUGUGCUUCCAAAUCGGAAUGGCUUUCGUCGUUCAUAAAGGCAUUAUAUUAACGAUGAUCAUCGCCUCGCUCGAUCUGUGCACAUUUCUGAAGUGCAGAGUCCAUGGCAGAAAACUGCUCGGACAUACAACGGAUACGCAGGCGCGUAAUCGGCGUAUUAUGGAAAUCACCUUUGUGACGCAGUCGUUUGUCCAAGCCUUUAUCUUCAUCCUCGAGUUGCUCACCUAUUUCGUGUUCGUGAACUGGACGGACAACAAGUUGGCCAAGUUCGCCCUGAAGACCAUCGCCUGGAUCAUGGUGCAUUCACUUGAUGGUUUCAUCGCCAUCCUUUUCAACAAGGAAUUCAUACGCAAAAUCUACCACUCGAAGCAACGACUCACUUUGCGCUAUAGCUCCAGCCCGGCCAAAAUUGCGCAAAACGUCGAUUCCUUAAACACCGACAGCCAGCCCGUCGACGCCGAAAAGAAACUG